AUGACAAUUAAGAGUAAACCAGUAUACAUUUCUUCUCGAGAAACCGCCGAGGUAAUCCUUGACAAAUAUGAUCAUUUCCUAUUUGAUUGUGAUGGAGUCAUUUGGUUAGAUGAAAAGUUAAUACCAGGAGUAGCUGCCUUCUUAGCCCGUCUUGUUGAAUUAAAUAAAACAUUCACAUUUGUGAGUAACAACUCAUCCAAAUCUAGGGACACGUAUGUCACGAAAUUUAAAAGGUUGGGUAUUCCAAACAUCGCCAAAGAACAAAUCUAUCCAACAUGUUAUUCAUCCGCAUUGGAAUUAAGAAAAUUGGGAAUAGAAAAGGGAUCAAAAGUUUGGAUAUUAGGUGAUCUGGGAAUUGAAGAGGAAGUCAGAGAGAUGGGAUAUAUCCCACUUGGGGGAACUGAUCCUCGUUUGGAUACUCCAUUUGAUCCGGAACACCCAUUAUUAAAGGUCGACCCCGAAGUCAAAGCCGUUGUGGUUGGAUCAACCAAGGAUUUCAACUAUAUGAGAAUCAGUCUGACUUUGCAAUAUCUUUUGUAUAACGACAAGUCAAUCCCAUUUAUUGGUGCAAAUAUUGAUAGGAGUUUCCCAGGCCCAGGAGGAAUGAUUUUACCAGCUGGUGGAAGUAUGGUUAACUAUAUGUCUUACACUUCUCAUAGAACAUUCAUAAAUGCUGGUAAACCAAGUAGAGAAUUUUUGGAUAUAAUUUUGGAAGAUUGUAACUUUGAAAGAUCAAAAACUUUAAUGGUUGGGGAUACAUUAUAUACAGAUAUUAAAUUUGGAAAUGACGGAAAAUUGGGUGACGGACAUGGAUCAUUAUUAGUUCUUUCAGGAGGCACGAAAUUUACUGAUUUGAAGAAGGUUAUUGACGAACCUCACUUGUUUGAAGAAGCUGAAACUUUGAUGCCGCUGUUUUAUACUGAAUCUUUAGGUGCAUUGAUAGAUUUGUUGGAAUAA